AUGGAUGAGCAAUUUAUUGCGAACCGAAAAGUUCUUAACAUGAAGAAGGUCUCCCAUAAGAACCUGAUCCAAAUCUACAACUACUUCAAAUCGCCGGAUCGAGUCUAUUUGGUAAUGGAAAUGAUGUCUACAACGCUCGCAUCUGUCAUGGAGUCAACUGGAGAGAUCGAAGAAUACGACGCUUCAAGGAUUAUGAAGGAGAUUGGAGAUGGAUUGGCGUACUGCCACCGGAAGAAACUCAUUCAUAGAGACUGCAAACCGGAGAACAUCCUGAUAAGCGAGAGGGACUUGAAGUUGGGGGACUUUGGGGUCUCGACCUUCGAGGAAGGUGGGACCGUAUGUGGGACCUCCGCCUUCAUGGCCCCCGAGAUGUUUCUCGGCGAAUCCCACAGCUUCGUAGUUGAUUCUUGGGCGAUGGGUUGCGUGCUCUACGAGAUGUUAACAGCGAAGAGAGCGUUCAAUGGACCGGUUGGAAGAGUGGAGAAAAAGGGAGAUAGAUGGAAAAUUGACACGAAAAUCUCGUUCAGUCCGGACAUCAGCGAGGUUCUAGCUGGUUUACUCCAGUUCAAACCAAAAUAUAGAUGGAAUAUGCAACAACUGCUCUCAUCCAAUUGGCUAUUCGCGCAAGACGAGAAAAGAGAGCAAGAGAUUACCUAA